AUGGCAUUGUCAAACACAAAUACAGCUUCAAGCGUUUCAACGCAUGCUCAAAACAUUCCAGGUGCACCUCAAAAGGCAAACGGAAGUGGUAACAAGAAGAAGAAAUCUGCCAACAAAAACACUUCCAAUGGUCAUGCAGGAAAGAAUGGUGUAAGUGCUAUUGAUGAGGCCGCACACGCUGCUUCUUUGACGGAACAAGCUCCUGUUGCUGGAAAAGUGGAUCAAGCCGUCAAAGUACAACCGGCUGAUGUGGCCGAACAAGCUGAACACCAAGCUGCUUUGGAAGCCGUAAAGAUUGUAGAGCAAAAUGGCAGUCAUCCCAGUGAGGAAAAGCAUGCUGUAAGUGCAUUGCAUACAUCGGUGAACAAGCGCAUCAAAGUUCUCAACAAGAAGCUGCAACGUGCUAUUGCAUACUCUGAAUUGACAGAAGAUAAACUCAAUUCUGACAUGAGAAGAAUUGUCGCUUCCAAGGGUAAUUUGGAAGGUGGAGUGAGCGAAUUGAGCGAAGUACUCAAAGCGAUUGAGAUUAACGAAAAGGAGCAACAAAAGAAGGCAAAUGAGGAUUCUUCCCAGGUCAUUGCCAAGACAACUCAAUCACUCAAAGAUGAAAAUGCAAAAAAGGUCAACACUUUGUUCCAAUUCAUGUACUUGUAUUCACUCGUGAAUGCUUCCAUGCAAGCUCAAUUUGCUCCUCCUCCUUUGCCGACAAGCUUGCAAAAUGCAACUUCAGAGCAAGUAGCUGCAAUUGGAAAACUCUAUGCUGACUUUUCUGCUGCUGCUGAGGUGACACAUGCCGAUUUGAAGUCAACCUUGUUGGAGAAACUUGCUUCUGCCUCUUCUGACAAGAUUUUGGGUAAUGUCACUUUCCAAGACGUUUUGCAAAUCAUCGAAGGCUUGUCGUCGCCUGUGGUACAGCAGACCAGUGUAGUUCAACCUGAACGUACUGAGACCGACUCAAAGCCUCAGCAAUCUACCCAAGACCAACCUUCUAUUUUAUUCAUGCAAGCAUCCGAAUUGGAGCAAAAUGAGGCGUUGGCACAUGCAAGUAGCAAUGGAGCUGUUACCAAUGAUGCACCCAGUGAUGUAAAACAAGCCGAGCCCGAAGGUGGAGCGGUUGACGGCGUUGCAACGAGCGCUAUCAAUGGCGGUGCUUCGAAAAAGGGCGAAGAGGGUGCAUCUGGUACGGUAUUGGGUCAAGCAGAACCCAGUACCAGCACUGAAGUUGUACAAGAUGGCACGGCCAAAGCUGCCGUUGAAGAACCUGUGCAAACCAAAGAAGUAUCUGAGCCUGCAUCUGGCUUGGCUACUCCAUCGGUGCAUAAGGUGAUCGACUGGUCAGCUCAUGAUGACGACGACUUUGGAGAUUUGGAAAUGCAACCUGAGCCAAGCAAGAUGGUUGCGCCUCAAGCCACACAACCAGUAUCAUUCUCAUCAGCAGUACAGCCGAAGCCCAAAUAUGAAGAUUCAAAUGCGCCAAAGAACCGUGAUCGAGCCAACAAUCAACGUCAAAACGGACAAAAUCAACGCGAUAAUGCAAAGCAGCAAAGAGGGAAGAAUCAACAACAACAGCAACAACAGCCAGCACCUUUACCUAAAUUAGCUCCUCAAGUGGAUGAAGAUGGAUUCACAGUUGCGAGCAGUAAACGAACAAAGAUGUUACAACAACAUCAAGCUGCCAAUGCGAUGCGUGGGGGUCGUGGAGGCAAUAAUGGCGGAAAAGGUGGCCAACGUUACAACAAUCAAAAUGCCAACAAAUCCGAUUCAUCAAACCAUCGAAACGAUAGAGGCGUAGGCGGAAAUCCAAAUUCACGUGGUCGCGGUCGUGGUAGAGGCAGUUCUUCGGGUAAUGGAGGUCAAGAUGUGCCUGUACAAUAA